UAAAUAACGCACCGUGUAUUGGAUUACGAUCCUAUCCAAUGGAAGUCAGCGAAGAAGGCAUAAGGCGGGUGCAACCCCUUGCCCAAUCGGGUCUCUCUCGGGUUCCACCCCAAUACAUUCAACCCCUUCAUACCCGACCCGUUUUUCACACCCCAACCGAACCACGGAAUAUUCCUCUCAUCGACCUAUCGUUCUUCGACCCGACCCGCCGCGCCUCCACCGUUGAAUCCAUCGCAAGCGCCUGCCGCGACUGGGGCGUCUUCCACGUCACCAACCACGGCGUCCCUCUGUCACUCCUCGCCGCCAUUCGCCGCACUGGCCGCGCAUUCUUCACCGACUGCUCCAUGUCGGAGAAGCUCCGCUAUGCCUGCUCCACGGCUGCGUCGGAGGGCUACGGCAGCAAGAUGCUGGCAACCUCCGAUCAGCAGCAAGACGACGCGCAGGUACUCGAUUGGAGGGACUACUUCGACCACCACACUCUCCCACUCUCUCGACGGAACCCUGAUCGGUGGCCGGAGUUUCCCCCCGAUUACCGGGACACAGUGGCGAGGUACAGCGACGAGAUGAAGAUUCUGGCGCAAAAGUUGCUGGCUUUGAUAUCUGAGAGUCUAGGGUUGCGUGCUUCGUGCAUUGAAGAUGCUGUUGGAGAAUUUUACCAGAACAUCACGAUUAGCUUCUAUCCUCCGUGUCCCGAACCAGACCUCACGCUUGGGUUGCAAUCGCAUUCUGACAUAGGUGCAAUCACGCUUUUGAUUCAGGAUGACGUGGAGGGUCUUCAAGUGCUGAAGAGUGGUGAUGGUGGCGGUGACAAGUGGGUUACUGUUGAACCCUUGUCAGAUGCUGUUCUUGUUCUCUUGGCUGACCAAACUGAGAUUAUAACUAAUGGGAAGUACAAGAGCUGUGAGCAUAGAGCAAUUACUAAUCCUGAUAGAGCAAGGCUUUCUGUGGCAACAUUUCAUGACCCUGCUAAGACAGUGAAGAUCUUCCCUGUCUCUGAACUGAUAGAUGAGUCAUCACCUGCUAAAUACCGUGAUGUUGUGUAUGGAGACUAUGUUUUAUCAUGGUAUAAAGGCCCUGAAGGAAAACGAAAUAUUGAUGCACUUGUACUGGAUUCUUAGGUUUGUGCUUUUAUUUUUCUCUCCUUGUCUCAUGGCUUGGCUUGUAUCUUGUGGGGUAGAACAAGUAAAGUUAUUUUAUAAUGUAAAAUUCCUCAUUCUUGGAUAGUAAAUAAAACCUUGAAUCUUCUUUACUAUGGCAACCUGUUUGUAAAGACAGAACAACAGAGGAUUGUAAAGACAGAACAACAGAGGAUGAUAAUCACUAUUUUGUUGUAAUUAAGAACAAUAUGAUAGCUACAAUCUUUCUUUGAUC